CUGGGUGAACCAUCCUCACAUUCUGUGUGUGGAUGAACUCUCUUUAAACUAGGCUCUGACUCUUCUAAUUAUUUUAGGUUGGCAUUUGAUAACCUGCAGAUGGGACCUGAAGCAAGCCUUCUGCAAUCUUCACUGCUUUGCUGACACUUGGCGCUUUGGUAUAGCACAAGUGGCUUUCGCUUCUUUGACUUCAUUGGAGCCGGCGAGGGCCUCUGGCCUGGCUUCUCUCAGAUUUCGAAUCUCUCUGGUUUUGGCUGAGAUGCAGACUCUGUUGAAGCGUCCUGAUUCCACACUCAACAAAAGUGAAACUGAAGCGCUACUUUUAAAAUCAUGACCUUCAGGAAGGGGAGAGCGGCUCAUGGGCUAAGUGGAUAAACCACAAAAUGGGUAAUAUACUGUCGCACAGGAGGUCCAGGAGAGAGGCGAGCCGUGGGUGAGCAGGAGUGUCAACUUUCCACUGAAAAAUACCCCUGCACUUCAGGCCAUUCCACUUCUGUUAUCUCCAAAGCUGUGGCAAUCGUAUUUAUAUAUUCACCAAAACUGGGUGGGCCCUAGUGUUUUGCUGUCAUCCUCUGUAGGCUGGUGUGUUCGGCUCAUGGCAGAGUGUGAACCUGGCAUCGGGGAGUGUUUGUCGAGUGAAUAAGGGUGGGGCUGUACUUUCCAGAGCCGCCGGGAGAAACUGGAUAAAGAGACCCUAGCCUGGCGGCCAGUCUCAACGUUCCUCCCAGUGGGGGAGGAAUCUGUGGGUGGGAGGUGGGGAGCCUGAAACCCAAAUAUAACAGGCAGUCUGGACUGGGCGUGGUUCCCUGGGAGCUGGGUCUCAGAUCCUCGUAGAGCUGACUUCUCCCCGGAUCCCCGGGCAAGAUGGGCAAGUACACGGUCCGUGUAGCCACUGGGAAUUUGUUCCUGGCAGGCUCUCCCCACCUGGUGCAGCUGUGGCUGGUGGGUGAGCACGGGGAGGCAGACCUAGGGAAGCACCUGCGACCGGUGUGGGGAAAGGUGGAGGAGUUUGAGAUCGACGUCCCCCUGCACCUGGGGCGCCUCCUGAUGGUGAAGCUGCGCAAGCACAACCGGCUGUUGAGUGUCGACUGGUUCUGCAAGUGGAUCUCAGUGCAGGGCCCGGGAACACAAGGCGAGGUUUUUUUCCCCUGCUACCGCUGGGUGCAGGGCCACAGGAUUAUCUGCCUGCCCGAGGGCACUGCCCGGACCCUGAGUGAUGACCCCCAGAACCUGUUUAAGAAGUACCGGGAACAGGAGCUCGAAGAAAGAAGGAAGGUGUACCGGUGGGGCUCCUGGAAAGAUGGGUUAAUCCUGCCUAUAGCAGGGAAUAGACAACCAGACCUUCCCAGGGACGAGCGAUUCCUCGAGGAUAAGGAUUUAGACUUUAGUGUCUCCCUAGCAAAAGCGUUGAAGGACAUGGCCAUUAAGGGGACACUGGAUUUCAUAAAUUGUGUGAAAAGGCUGGAAGAUUUCAAAAAAAUAUUCCCACGUGGAAAGACUGCCCUGGCUGAGCGGGUUCAUGAUUCUUGGAAGAAUGAUGCCCUCUUUGGGUACCAGUUUCUCAAUGGUGCAAACCCCAUGCUCCUGAGGCGUUCUUCAAGGCUCCCCGCCCGCCUGGUGCUGCCUCCAGGGAUGGAAGACUUGAAGACCCAGCUGGAGAAAGAACUCCAGGCUCGAUCUCUGUUUGAAGUGGAUUUCUCCUUGCUGGAUGGAGUCAAGCCUAAUGUCAUCAUUUUUAAGCCGCAAUAUGUGGCCGCCCCUUUGGUCAUGCUGAAGCUUCAGCCUGAUGGAAGACUCUUGCCCAUGGUCAUCCAGCUCCAGCCACCUCGAUACGGAUGUCCCCCACCUCUGCUCUUUCUGCCCUCGGAUCCCCCCAUGGCCUGGCUCCUGGCCAAGACCUGGGUCCGGAGCUCUGAUUUCCAGCUGCACCAGUUACAGUCACAUCUGCUGAGGGGACACUUGAUUGCUGAGGUUAUCGCUGUGGCUACAAUGAGAAGCUUGCCUAGCCUCCAUCCUAUUUACAAGCUCCUGAUCCCCCACUUCCGCUACACCAUGGCGAUCAACACCCUGGCCCGUAGUCGUCUUGUCUCUGAAGGGGGAAUUUUUGACCUGGUGGUGAGCACUGGUAGUGGGGGCCACGUGGACAUUCUUCAGAGAGCCACAGCUUGUUUGACCUAUCGUUCCCUCUGUCCUCCUGAUGACCUGGCUGACCGUGGACUCCUGGGUGUGAAAUCUUCUCUUUAUGGCCAAGAUGCCAUCAGGCUGUGGGGAAUCAUCAGCCGGUACGUGGAGGGGAUGGUUGGGCUUUUCUACAAGAGCGACCAAGCCGUGAAGGAUGAUCUAGAGCUGCAGGCCUGGUGCAGAGAGAUGACUGAGACUGGACUGCAGAUGGCCCAAGACCGGGGGUUCCCCAUCUCCUUAGAGUCCCGGGCUCAGCUCUGCCACUUUGUCACCAUGUGCAUCUUCACAUGCACGGGUCAGCAUGCUUCUAACCACCUGGGUCAGCUGGACUGGUACUCCUGGAUCCCUAAUGGCCCAUGCACCAUGCGGAAGCCCCCACCCAUCUCCAAGGAUGUGACAGAGAAGGACAUAGUGGACUCACUGCCCAAUCUCCACCAGGCACAUAUGCAAAAGACCGUCACAGACUUUCUUGGCAGACGUCAGCCUGUCAUGGUGGCCCUGGGGCAGCAUGAGGAGAAAUAUUUCUCUGGCCCUGAGCCCCAAGCUGUGCUGAGACAAUUCCGGGAGGAGCUGGCUGCCAUGGACAAGGAGAUUGAGGUCCGGAAUGCAGUCCUGGACCUGCCCUAUGAAUACCUUCGACCCAGCAUGGUAGAGAACAGCGUGACCAUCUGAGAGGGCUUGCCCGCCUCCGCUCCAAAGCUCCACCAUCCCUGAGUGCCUUUUAGUAUUCCGUCCUCUUCACAUCCUCUGGUGAACAAAUUGUCCCCAAAGCUUUGUGGUCAGGGUACCCAGAGCUGCCCACCACACAACUAUGGGGAAUACACGGUGAUGGUCCCCACUGCAUUUGGAAGUGGCAUCCCCCAAAGCUGCCCUACCUUAAAUGUCCAUCCAGUCCUGUACUUCCUCACCCCGAUCCCUGGCACACCUCCUCAUUGCCAAAGGAUCUGGCUUAGAUACAAGUAAAAAUAUACGAUUAAAUAACAAAACUGAU